ACAUGCACAGGUAAGUAUACAGGUCGUCGUCUACACGCGUACGUACACGUACUCGCCGUAGCACGGGCCCCACUUGUGCGCCCCCUGACUCCACACACACGGCACCCGUCUUUAUAUCCCUUUCAACCUUUUUCCACCCCCCCUGCUUCUUCUUCGUCUUCCACUCAUGAGCUUAGCUAGCUCGCACAGCUCCAGCUCCACCUCGUUGAUUAGCUCUCCGGCUGCUUGCCAGAGCGCCGCUCCUUGAUCAGCUGGUCUCGCCUCCAACCUCGCCCGCGCCGCCAUGGACCGCAAGGACAAGUCCCGCAAGCCCCACUCAGCGGCGGCGUCCAUGGCCGCGCUCGCCGCCGCCGUGGCCUCCGGCGACGGCGGGCUGGCGCCGCCAAGAGAGGAGGAGAAGAAGCCGUCGAAGCUGAUGGCUGGUGCGUCCAACUCCUCCCCUCCCCCGGUGGCGGUGGCGGCGAGGAGGAGCGCGCCGGCCGGCGGCGGCGCCGUUGCGGCGGGAGGCGGCGGCGGGGGGCCGACCUGCCAGGCGGAGCGGUGCGGCGCCGACCUGAGCGAGGCGAAGCGGUACCACCGGAGGCACAAGGUGUGCGAGGCGCACUCCAAGGCCGCCGUCGUGCUCGUGGCCGGCCUCCGCCAGCGCUUCUGCCAGCAAUGCAGCCGGUUCCACGAGCUGUCGGAGUUCGACGACACCAAGCGCAGCUGCCGCCGGCGCCUGGCAGGGCACAACGAACGGCGCCGGAAGAGCUCCGCGGAGACGCACGGCGGUAGCGCCGGCGACGGCUGCCGCCACGCUGACAAUGACGGCCGGAGCCACCCGGGGAACCCACCGCUGAACCACUUCCAGAUCAGAUAAACCUACCUAAGCAUGCUCUCUCUCUUCUGUCACGCAGCUAGACAUAUGUGCUACAUAUAUGUGUCUACCCUACCCUGUGUUGUACUACUAACUUGGCAGUAUGACCUUCUAUAUUGCUGCUAUAUCUGCCACAAACCUAAUCAUGCUGAUUGUAACCUGCAGGCAAUUAAGCAGGUAAUGCUAGAGUAAUUUUGUGUGUGAGUAUGGAUCAGACGUGUAAUUCUGUGGCCUGUGCCCAAAAGUAAUUUGUGCAGGCUGUGUAUUGAUGUUGUGCUCUGGUAACUGAGGUAAUAUAUGCUAUUUAUUCAAGUAAUA